UGGCUAGUUCUAGAAUUCCCCUGUGGCUGAGCUAGACUCGAUUUCCAGCGAUCAUCAAAACCCCUGAAAACGCGAAAUGACACGCUGCAAUGCGCCACUCUCUCUCUCUCUGACAUCAAUUAUUCCCAAAGUUUUCCAUUGCUCGACGAUUGUCCAUCUGCGUUGAAAAUGGGGUUUUUGAUACAAAAUGACCUCCCUUGAAACUCUCAUUCAAGGAGCAAGUAUCCCCGAACUCAAAGAAGCUCUCAGACAAUUCGAGGCAAGGUGUCCCAGGAGCAACGAGUUAUCUCAUAUGUUGUUAGGGCUGUUGGAAUCCGAAGAGAAAAACAGUAAAGAUGGGCUGAAGGGUGUGGUUGAAGGUGUUUGUGAGAGCUUUGAAGAGUGUGGGGAGAUCGUCCGUGAGUUGUUGGGUGACGAGGAUGAAUUUCCAGGGCGAAACUGCAUUCUUAAUUUCAGCUCAGGGGAAGAAGGAGAUUCCGAGAACGAAGCUACGAGAAGAAAAAGCAAGCAAAAAGGCAAGAGGAAACGAGAUCUACUUUCCUCCCCACCAAAGCGAAAGGAGAUGAAGAAGAUCAAGAAUACUCAUCAAAAUGAGAAGACUGCACUCUUGCCUCCAAAAAUUCCAAGUUGGUGGCCAAACCUACCCAUGGUUCAGAUUAAGAACCGAACAUCAAGCUCCAGCUCAGCAGCACCCCCAAAGAGAAAGCGUAUCAUAGGAGAGAUCUUCGAAGCAGACAGACAGCGAAGAGAGUUGGAAGCCCAACAAGAAGCAGAGCGGCGGAGACAUGAACGCGAAAUCCAAGCCAGAUGCGCGCAAUGCAAAGCGUUCUUUCUAACAGAUGACAACUGGCAUGACUCAUGUGUUUUCCAUUCCGGGACAAUGAGGCGUUACCAUCCUGCAGAAUCCGGCUAUGAUAGCAGAUGGUUCUGCUGCGGACGAGAGGGAAACAACGACGGUUGUAUGGAGGCGAGGCACAUUGAUGACAGGAUUCCGGGGGAGAUGGAACGGAUCAAGGCUAUUCGGAAGUCUGCGUGGGAGGAAGCUAGGGUUGUGGUGUAUAGGAGUUGUGAGGACUGCUAUAAGGACAUUGUGGUCGAGUAUGACACCGAGCAUUCGGAUGUUGAGAACAUGGUGACUGAUGAGGACGACUCGGUGGCUGAAGACGAGGUGCCUUUUCCCGAUAAGAGCAGCGGAACUCUAGAAACAAACGGCCCAGCUCAUGAUGAGAAUGGGCCGGCAGGUAACGGGGAUGACAUAGCUUCCGAGGUGGAUAAUUCGGCUUCUUAUGAUGAGGACUUGAUCCUGGGUGAAGACCAGCCAGUUCUCAAGGAGGGGAUUCUAGCCAGGAGAUCGGUAGUCUCCCUACUUUCCCCGAGAACCUGAACUUCCCACCUCUGAGUCGAAAACGAUUCCUCUGUCAUUCUUGCGAGGAGGAAACUGCAGCCAAGAAAUUGCAAUGUAAUCUAUGCGGCGAUCAUUUCAAGGUUCUGCCGUCCCACGACGCCUAUACUUCCGAGAAACCGAUUUGUGGGCAGUGUGUCUGGACAAAUAUGUGGCUCCGGGGUGAUACCUGCUGCUCGCAUUGUAGAAAACUUUUGGAGUUCCAGAUGCGGCCACAUAGUUGGAAUGAGUUUGAGGAUGAUGAUGUUCCGCUUUGUCGAGAAUGUAGGGUCGAGUUGAUGGGUGAAGAUGAUGAGGAGUCUCUCAUGGCUUCGAUGGGUUGUGCUACUGUUGAUUAGAUUUGGAUUCUGUGUUAGCUGUUAGUGCUUGUAUAUGGCAUUGAGAGGGGCAACUUAUCGGAUACCUUUAGUUCAGACCGCACUAUCUCGUAUAAUCGU